AUGAUUCAUUUAAUUGAAGAAUUAGCUAAUGAAUUCUAUGAAAUUCAUAAAAGUGUGGAAAUUACAAAAGUUGUCACCGGUAAUACUGGAACUGCUGGUACAUUGCUUUGUCUAACAGGACUUACAUUAGCUAUACCAACUGCUAGUUUAUCAAUAUUUCUUACUAUCGAUGGUAGUACUUUAGCAGCAGCCGCUUGUACAGCUUCUCUAGGUUCUGAUAUUACUGAACAUAUUUUAACAAAAUUAAACUUGAAAAAAUUAAAUAAAUUAUGUCAAACAGAUAAACUUCGUCAACUUGCUCAACAAUUCAGUACACAAGCUGCUAAUGUUAAAACAUAUAUCGAAGAUCAACGAAUGCAAAUGAAUUUUUAA